GGGUGGUCGUGCCGUCGUGGCGUCGAGGUCGAUCGCGGAACGACUAACGCAAGAGAACGAGCCAUGAAGAUGACUUUGCACUUUUAUUGGGAAAGCGUAAAACGCAUAGAACAACGCCAGCAGAACAUUUGUGGCGUCGGGACUUGAAACUCACCAAUUCGUUAUUGCGGAAUGGAUGGGAAAAGGUCGAUCAAAAUGGAUCCUUUAUCACCUGGACCAUGCUUUGAUAUAAGCGAUGAUGAAUUGGUUAGUAUCUCUGUGAGAGAUUUAAACAGACAGCUGAAACUCCGUGGUCUGACCAGAGAGGAAAUCAUUCGCAUGAAACAGCGUAGGCGAACUCUAAAAAAUCGAGGCUAUGCUGCGAGUUGUCGAAUAAAGAGAAUCGAACAAAAAGAUGAACUAGAAUCUGAAAAAACUCAAGAAGUUCGAGAUAUGGAAGCAAUGCAAGAGGAUAAUGACAGAAUGAGAGAAGAAUUACAAUUAUGGCAUUCCAAGUAUAUGGCUAUGAAAAAGUUUGCAUCAGAAAAUAAAAUUGUAGUUCCUCCAGAGUUAGAAACAUUGUAAGCAUGAAUCCAAACUUGAGUUUUAACUUUAAGAUCGUUAGAAUAAUUUUUAUCUAUCACAUGAAUUUGGUAUAAAAUUCAAUCUUAUUUCAUUACAAGUAUUAUUCUUUUUCAUCGUAGUUUCUUACAUCAUAAAGCUAGAUUUAUAAUUUUCCA